UAUAUAUAUCUGCAUUCACCCUACAUGUUGUUUGCAGGAGUUUCAUCCAUUAGAACUAACCUCUCCCUUCUAAAUCUGAGCUGCUAGGGACCCCAAGGAGCAGCAAAACCCUACCAGGGAGAAAGGAGCUGCAAUGCCUCGCCUCCUCCUUUCUGUUUUUGGUCUUUUAUUCCUCUCACUGAUUUCUGCCUCUGAAGAUGAUACCGUGGUGGUGACCAACAGUGGCUCCAUUCAAGGCAAGAGAAUUCUGGCUGGUCCUGGCUCUGUGACUGCCUAUCUUGGCAUCCCUUAUGCUAAGCCCCCGCUAGGGAAACUCCGGUUCCAGAAGCCUCUUCCACAUCCACCCUGGACCCACGUGUUGGAGACCACCAGGUUUGGCAAUUCUUGUCCCCAAGCAAAUGCUUCUGGACUCUUUGAUAUAGACAUAUGGGUUGCCAAUACACCACUUUCAGAAGACUGUCUUUUCCUCAAUAUCUGGGUACCCCACCCAAAGCCCUCCACCCCAGCACCUAUCCUUGUAUGGAUCCAAGGUAUGGGUUAUGUCACUGGCACUGCUUCCUUGGAGAUCUAUAAUGGAGCCACCUUAGCUGCCACAGAGAAUGUCAUUGUGGCCUCCAUGAAUUACCGCUUGGGAGCUCUGGGUUUUCUUUAUAUGCCACCACAUGCCCCAGGAAAUGUUGGCUUAUGGGACCAACACCUGGCUCUGAAAUGGCUGAAGGAGAACGCAGCUGUCUUUGGUGGUAACCCAGCUCAAUUGACUCUUGUUGGCCACGGUGCUGGAGCAGCCAUGGUGGGGUUCCACCUUCUCUCACCUGUAAGCCAACCACUUUUUUCUCAUGCUGUGCUCCAGGGUGGCGUUCCCAAUGCCAUCUGGCCCUGGAAGGAUACCCAGAAAGCAAAGCUAGAUGCAGAGAUGGUAAGCCAAGAAGUGGGGUGUCCUCUAGAUGCUGACACGGUAAGCUGUCUACAGAGAAUAGAAAUUGGGGACAAAAAAUUUUCUCAACUGACUGCUAUCAAUUCCUUGACAGUAGAUGGAGAAUUCCUGACAGAUGAGCCAAGAAAACUCCUAAAGGAUGCAAAUUUUCAGGGUAAAUCAAUUAUCACAGGCAUCUUAGCUGAUGAAGGAUCUACAUUUGUAUUGUAUAUGUAUCCUAACACCAAAUCCAAUGGUGGGAUAGUGACCUGGGAACAGCUUUAUCAAGGGGUGAUGGGAACAAUGGCAAAUGGAACAAAUGAAGCUGUUGCUCAGGUUGUAGCACGGAAGUUCAGUGAAAACUAUCAUGGGCCAGAGCAGUACCGUUUGGCCUUUGCUCAAUAUUUUAGAGAUUACUUCUUUGUGUGCUCUUUGGAUGAAUUUGCUGCAAAGAUCCAAGAAGCUGGGAGGCCAGUCUAUGUUUAUUCCUUCGAUCACCGUUCAUCUGGUUCCACCUGGCCUGAAUGGGUAAAGACGCCCUAUGGGUCUGAGGUGCCUUACCUGUUUGGAAGCUUCAAAGCUGCUUUGCCAACAAGCCAGCCAGUCACAGAGGCAGAAAAAGCACUGAGCCGUAGAGUGAUGCGAUAUUGGGCCGAGUUUGCCAGAAGUGGAAACCCUACUGGAUCAACACCCGGUGAGGGGCAAUGGCCACUGUACAAUGCCAAGGAGAAGAAGCUCUUUCACAUCAGCACAGGAGCACCCCAACUCAAGCCAGUCUCACCUACUCCUCUCUGUGAUUUCUUGACUAAUCUGAAUGUGAAUGCAGCCAGCACAAACCAAUAGUUACAAUCAAGAAGCAUCUGGAAGAAACUGGAAGAAUGGACCUGUAUAGAGAUUAUACUUUGUUUGGAAAACUCACAGUCUUCCAUGUGUAUUAAUCAUUCAUUCAAAUUAAAAAAAUUCAUGCUUAUUUACUCUGUUGGUGUUAUAAAAAAUUGAAGUACUACGUAUACCCAUGUUUAUACACACUGUCUCUGGCAAAACAGUGUUAGAGUAUGACUGUAAAUACUAUCAAUACAAUUUUAGGCCUGGAUUUUACAGCUGAAUCCUCUCAUUAUAUCUAAAUUCCUAGGUUCUCAAUUUUUGCCAUUCUAUUCAGCAAAGGGGAUGGUGUUGUUUUUUUUUUUUAAUGAGUUAAGGUACAGUACUUACACUGAUCCAUUGAUAAGUCAACCCAGAUUUUGUGGGCUAAUUUUCUGAGUAAAAAUUUUCAACUUUCCAGGCUACUAACUGGAGCAAAUUACAAGACGCGGUCUACCCCCCUGUUUAAGGAGCUCCAUUGGCUGCCAUUUAUUUUCCAAGCCCAAUUCAAGGUGCAGGUUAUCACCUAUAAAACCCUUAACGGUUCGGGACCCACCUACCUUCGCAACCGUAUUUCCCCCUAUGAACCUGCACGGUCUCUCCGUUCAUCAGGGGAGGCCCUCCUCUCGAUCCCACCACCCUCGCAAUCGCGGUUGGUGGGGACGAGGGAGAGGGCCUUCUCCGUCGUGGGCUCUCCCCAGGGAGAUUAGGCAGGCCCCUACCCUCCUUAUUUUUCAGAAGAGCCUGAAAACUUGGCUCUUCCAACAGCCUUUUGGCAACUGAUUUCCUUAGUUUGAGAUUGCCCUGUUUGUCCAUUCUAUUUUUAUAGCAUUUUUACUCCUUGCCGUAUAUAGUUUUUAGGUGUAUGCCUCCCCCAGCACCUUAAUGGGAUAAUAGUCCCUGGUACCUCCUCUUUCCUAAUCUGUAUUGUUAUAAAACUAUUUGCACCUUUCUGGCCCGCUACCCUUUUUAGGAGCCAACCCAAGUUUUUAUCAAAGUGUGCUUAUUGUUUAUUGGUAUAUGGGAUUUUAUUUGUUUAUGAUUUGUUUUUAUUGCUGAGUUUUAUAUUGCUUGUUGCCUGGGCUUGGCCCCAUGUAAGCCGCCGCGAGUCCCCUCGGGGAGAUGGGGCGGGGUAUAAAAAUAAAAUUAUUAUUAUUAUUAUUAUUAUUAUUAUUAUUAUUAUUAUUAUUAUUAUCUUAUACAUGAGUAUAGGUUCAGGUCCAUGAAGAGCUCUUCAUAAGUUCAGACUAAAACCCAACAUAGUGAAUGUCAAAUACAAAGCUUUUGUGCUCAAAAACAGUUCUAAACUAUAUUACAUUACAACAGUAGAUUAAUGGGUACCUAAAUCAAAACUUAGUGAUUAUUAAUAUUUUACAGCACAGAAGCUGUACCCUCCACAUUGCUUCAAAUCAUUCUUUUCUCCAUAACAGCUUCCCACAGAUUUAAACUUGUAAUGUGUAAUAAUGUUUGAAAAUUGCAGAAAUAGCAAUAUCGAAAACACUUACAGUAUAAUUACAGUGAAAUUUAGUGGAUGUUAUUGAAACCCUGGGACCCAAAAUGGACUCCAAUACCCUCAACCCCAAGAUGUAGAGACCAUGAGUGACCUUUCCCCAGAUACCCAGUUCAGCUAACCUCAGCAGGUAGCCCUCAGCUUGAAUUUACCAAGUUGCAUGAGCACAAACAUAUAUACCAGAACAAAUCUCAUAUCAUCCCCACGAUAGUUCCGUGUAUCUAACAGUAGACUCAGACCAGAAGUUGCCCAAUAACCUGCCAGACCCUUUUCCUGAGAACCCGUUCAAAACAUGCCAACUCCAUUUGCCACCCAUUGUUUAGCCAGUUAAGAUCCAUUGUCCUACUCUGGGCAAACAGGAAUCAAGCCAUUAGCACCCAUUAACUCAAAGCCUACCCACAUUCCUUUCCCCUAAUCACCCACAAGAGGCAGACUAAGAAACAGUCACAAAAUUUCCAAGUGAACAAUGAUAGUUUAUUAAAUUUCCCAUCAAACCCGGCAACCAAUCGGUGACUGUUGGCUGGCUGAGAUGCAGCAGACAGAGUGUCUCAACCAAUCAGCAUGCGAAACCUAGUUGUCCCUGACCUGAGCCAUUCAGAAUUCGGAAUUUUGAAAAUCCUUUGUUUUGAAUGGCUCCCAAACUCCUAUAAAUGCUUCUGAAUGUUUUCAUUGUGGCAUGCCAGUUUUUGGCUAAAGUGAAUAAAGCCUCUGUUAUUUUGCGUUUAA